AUGACUACCCGAAGGGAUAAUUACUUCAUAGAUACCUCGGCCGUGACUGAGGAGGCCGGAGGAGAAGAUUCUAUGGUGAUAUCAAGGGCUGCUAGCCCAGACCCCCUACUCACGGGAGGACCCUCUACAACAACUAGGCAAUCGAGUAAACGCUCUGCUCAAGCCCAGUUCGUGAGGAAUAUGCAGGAGUUUUUGGAUACCCAUGAGGCACAAAUGAGGUAUCUUGGUGCAGCUGGACAGGCCGUUUGGCAGCAGCUACAAAACCUCCAGGAGCAAGUCCAAGGGAGUGGACAAAUCCUGGAUAAGAAAGUACGGCAAGAAGCCAUUGCCCAAAAACAACAUCUCGAGUCGCUCUUUGAGCUCGUUACCCAUGUCCAACAAAUGCAAGAAACCGCACGAGCCGCCGACCACGAGGUUCUGGACCGUAACCAUCGGAUUACCCAGAACCAACUGUUGGAAGCGGAGCGACAGCUGAGGAUGGUACGAGAAGAGCGGGAGCAGGAGAAAGGGGAACAACGGGCUAUGUUUGCGCAAUUCAAGCAGUCCGAUGAGAUAAGAAACCAACGGAUAGCCGAGAUGGAGGAACUACUGCGACAACACCUGUCAGUAGCUGUGAGGGAUGCGUACCAGACCACAAGAGUACACUACGCAGAGCUCAGAGUUCGGCUAACAGCUACAAAGGUAGAAGUCUCCAAGGUCUCUUCAGUCAACGUCGGGUAUGAUUCUCCUUGA